UAGUCUCAUGCCAUUCUCUCUUCGCACAGCCACCAACCAUCCCCACCCUACAUCAUGGAACCUUCUAGAACUCAAGGAAUCAACAAAACCCAUUAAUCAAAAACCGAUUUUGAGGAGAGUGGUGACCUUCUCUUCUCUCAGAACCUCCCUUGACUGUGUUCCCGAUGGAGGGGUCGACAAAAGUUCAAGACCCACUUCGCCAAUUCGGCUUCCCUUCGUGGUUAAGAGUUCCACAAAGGUUUCUAGAUUCUUCUGGAACGGGAACUGCUUGCAGAUUGUGAGUGUUGAUGGUGCUGCUGCGUCUUCUGAGGUGGGUUUAGAUGAUAGGUUGUUGAGGCUGUGUGGUUCUUUUGUGAGGGACUUCUUCAUUCCAAGACAGGUCACGGGAAACUACGUCGACUAUGUGAAAUGGAAGCUUUUGCACCGUGUUUUCAGUUCAGCUCUUCAAGUUCUUGCCACUCAGGCAAUGUUUAUGGCCAUAGGAAUUGGAUACUCCAGUUCCCUUCCGUCAGCUGCUGCCCUUAAUUGGGUCUUGAAAGAUGGUCUUGGACGACUAAGCAGAUGCAUUUACACUGCUAGCCUAGCAUCUGCUUUUGAUACGAAUUUAAAGAGGGUCAGGUUCACUACAUCUGUUCUUUUUGUUGCAAGUAUUGGACUUGAGUUACUUACUCCUGCAUUUCCUCGAUGCUUUUUGCUUCUUGCAACUAUUGCCAAUAUUUCUAAACAAAUAAGCCUGGCUUGUUACUUAGCAACUCGGUCAGCUGUUCAUCAAAGUUUUGCAAUAGGAGACAACCUUGGUGAAAUUUCUGCUAAGGCACAGAUUCAAACAGUGUGCUUUGACAUCCUUGGUCUGAUGCUUGCUGCACUUGUUAAUCUGUGGAUGGAGAACCAUCAAAGACAACAAGCAGGUGUCCAUUACUUUAUUUAUCCCUUUUUUGCUGCUAUGGACCUUCUUGGGAUUUAUCAAGGACUCCAUCAUGUCCAUCUGCAAACCUUGACUAAGGAUAGGCUUGAAAUUAUUCUGAACACUUGGAUUGAGGGGGGAUAUGUGCCCUCCCCUGCAGAGGUGAGUGAGAAAGAAGGAAUUAACUUUCUGGGAGCUAAAGGUAAAAACUUGUGGCCUAUUAGAAUAGGGUGCUUAAAUCCCAAGGACCAAAUACCCAAGUGGUCAAUGAAGACAAUACAAUGUAUAACCAAUGAGGAUUAUUACUUUGUAUGCAUGGAAAUCUAUAAAGGAUUAAAAAGAACCGUGCAGCCUCGCAUCCUUCUUUCCAUACGUGAAGGAGCUGAACCAGUCCAUAUAAUCAUGGGAUUGUUGCAGGCUUGUUACAUCAGAAGGAAACUUGUGAAAAGUAGUAUAUGGGAGAUUGGUGUCAUGGAAAGCAACGCAUCAGACUCAACAGCGGAGGAUUGGUCUGUCAUUGUUGAGGAUUGCAAGAGGUAUGCGGAAAGGGAUCUGUCUAAUUUGAUUGAACAAUUGCUGGGAAUGGGUUGGGUGGUGAAGAGCAUUUUAUUGUCAACACAAGAGCAAACUCGAUACAGUUUUGUGUGUGAUUAAAGAUUCUUAUCAAAUUUUGAUUGGCUCCUUAAUUCAAUGGGAGUGUUUG